AUGCUCCCGCUACGCAAAACUCUGUCAUUGUUACUUGUUUUAGGUGUAUCUUUAAAAAGCAAAGCCGAUUAUUAUUCUCAGUGCGACGAGGUAGAAUUAAACACCUUUUUAAUGAUACCGGACGAUUGUGCGGCUUACGUAUACUGUAACGGCGAUGACUCCUUUCGUGACAGUUGCCCCGAUCAAACGUAUUUUGACGCGCAAGCUCAGGAGUGUGCAUUCGACGAUGAAGGCUUGUGCAUGAGAAGCAAAAAAAAUACAACUACACAGGCGACAGAAAUCAGCAGUGAUGGCGAAUUAAACAUGGAACAGGUGUCAACGAUUGUAGUGACAACGACGGCAUCAACUGGGCGGCCGCAGUGUAACGUCUCCGGCGAUAGCUACCAGGCACAUCCUGAGCGAUGUGAAUACUAUUACCGCUGUAUUAGUGGCUACCUCACCAUAGUGCGCUGUCCUUACAGCUUCGGAUGGGACUAUACGGCGGAACAGUGCCGGCCCAUCGGCGAAGCACAAUGUUUUAAAUAG